AAUUUUUCUAGAAAAUGUCUGACGAAGAAGAAGAUUAUAUGUCUGAUGCAUUUUUAGCUAAGCUACAGGAUGUCACCCCAAGUCUUAUAAAUAAUAGCGCCGUAAAACGUCGUAAUGAAAUUGAAACGAAAAAGAAAGAACAACAAGGAAAACACAGAUAUAAACCAGUUCGCGAAAUGCAAAAUGAAAAGCUUAAAGAAGGUCUCAAUAAAGCUAUUACAUCAGAUAAUAAAGGCUUUGCAAUGCUUUCGAAAAUGGGAUUUAAACCUGGAACAAGUCUUGGAAAGUCAUCUCAAGCCACAGCAAUAACAGAACCAAUUAAAAUAAAUCUAAACACUGACGGUCGUAUGGGUCUAGGAACUCAAACUGCUGUUAAAGAACAUCGAGAACGUCAACUCAGUAAUCUCAAACGAAAAAUGGAUGCUGCAGAUUUAACACCUGAAGAAUAUCGCAAGCAAAUGCGAGAAGCUGCUGACAAGAAACAAAUUGUUUGGGAUCUUCACAAACUUCAAAAAACAUGUAGAAUACUUGAUCUUGAAAAGAAUGUUAAAUUUCCUAUUCAUCCAUGGUUUUGGCCAAAAGACUUUUCCAAAAAAGAUGAUUCCAGUGAAGAAGAUGAAGAAGAGAUUAACAACAAAGAAAAAGAAUUGACAGAUUCAGAAAGGCUAGAAAUGUUAAGAAAAUUUCUCCGGGCUUCAUAUUUCUAUUGUGAAUAUUGUGGACAUCAGUACAAGGAUGGUACAGAUUUCAUGAAUGGUUGUCCUGGACCAUCGAAAGAUGAUCAUUGAAUUAAAACUAACAUGUAAUUUAAGAAUUAUUUUUAUUAUUAUUUUUAAUUAAUGAAGUUAUUUCAUAAAGAUGGGAAUUUUCAAAAGAAUAUCUUUGACUCUAUCUAAAAAUUCUUUACUUAGAUUGUCAUUAUUUUUCACAGCGAAACAAACUAAUAUUUCUUGACGUUCACUUGCAAUGAAAUUCAUAAGAUAUCUUAUAGCUCCUUCAGUUUCUAUUGAUUCUGG